GGAAAAGUGGUGUGUGUGUGUGUGAGAGAGAGAGAGAGAGAGAGAAACAAAGGUCAAAUUGAGGCAGUUGAGUAAUUGCAACACCGUGGGAUAGUACUAGCCAUUAUAUUGGCAAAGCAUAAAUGUUGCAUAGGUGUAAUCAUUUCGUGGAAGGAAGGUCAGUGCAAACAAGAUCAGAAGCCUCCUCGUGAUUUUUUUUUAUCUGAGAAAAAGUGUUUUGGGUUUUCUGCUUUUUGGGGAUUUCAGUUUUUGAGUUGAGUGUGUGUAGUUUCUGUUCCCUUGUUUUAUUUAUUUGGUUUCUCGUUGGCAACUCAAGGGAGGUACAGCAACCACCAUAUAUCAGGUAGUAUUAUCAGAGUGUGUGUGACUCCUAAGGAAUUUGCAGAGCCCCCUACUCAUAUUUCUCUCUUCUCUCUCCCUUUUGCUCCCUCUGGUUUCUGUUUGCGUGGGGAGCAAAAAGCUCCUGCUUUUCUCUCUGAUAUAUACUAUAUGUAAGACACGAGCUAGAGGUGAAAAAAGGAACUAUUCUAGUUGUUGAGGGGAGGACGUAUGUAUGUUCCCAUUUGGUGUUGAGGAACAAACACAAGUGAAGGUCUUCUUGACUAUACAUACACCAAGUGUACGUUUGGAUAUAUAGAGAAAAAAUGGGUAGUUGUGGAAGAGAAGGAGCCGUGAGGCAAUAUGUAAGAUCGAAGGUUCCUCGUUUAAGGUGGACUCCUGAGCUGCACCGUUGCUUUGUUCAUGCUAUUGAUAGCCUUGGAGGUCAUCAUAAGGCUACUCCGAAGCUUGUUCUUCAGUUGAUGGAUGUUAAAGGGCUCACAAUUUCACACGUCAAGAGCCAUCUUCAGAUGUACAGAAGCAUGAGGGGUGACUUGGGCAGACAAGGUAGGACACCCUCCCAACAUAGGAACCAAUCUUUUGAGGAGCAUGAUGAUGGAUGUGUUGAUGAAGUGAAUGAUGUUGGUGUUGAGUACUCAUGUUCGAAACCCCUGGGAAGAGAAUCUGAUUCCUUCUUCGGGCACAGUAAUCUCCCUCCAAAAAGAGCAAGAAUCGAGAUGAGAAGUUCCAUCUCAGAGAGGCUGCAGCAAUGCAGCCAAAGAUUAUGUGAUGUUGUAGUUCCAAAUCCGUACUGUUUUUAUGAUUAUCUGAAACAGAAGAAGCCCAUGCCCAUGGCUGAUCAGCAUUCCCCUCCUUUUCCAGAUUUUCCCAACCUCACUUCAUUCAAAUCUCCUGAUCAACAAUCUGAUUUCCUUCAGGUUACUAAAUUAAAUGAAGGAAAAAGCACUUCACAGACUAUUAAUGUACUUGUGAACACUACUACUGAGACAGCUAAUGUAGAAAUUGAAGAUGAAUUGUCACUGUCGCUCACAUUGCCAAAUCCUUCACCUCAGAGAAGUUCAGGCAGUGAGAUAAGUGAGGCAAUCUCAUCAUGCCAUGGGUUUAGCAACAACUACAAGGACUGCUCUAGUUCAUCCACUCACACUGUCAAAGAAAGAAUUAAUUUGGACCUAUCUUUAGCCCUAUGUGGCAAUUGAUUUGAUGCUCUUUUGUAAAAUCAAUCUACUAUAGGUAUAAUUCCACGGUAGCUCUUUUUCAUUCUCUAACAGUUUUGGUUAUUUUCUUGUUUCUACUACCGGGUACCUUUCCAAUCACCAUGUCAAUUAAUUCUAAGCUAAGCUAUUUUGAGUAUU